AUGAACCUGGUGGUAGUUCAGCAUCAGGACACCUCACACUCUGACAGGUAGCCCUCAAAGGGUUCUGAGCUAGCCGAAGUGCACCGAAGUGCACAAUAUCAAAAGGCCUGACAUGGGAGAUUGUCCUAUCAGAGGAUGCUGACGUAUUCAGGCUCCUGCCAUGGGCAAGAUGCGAGGCAGUUAAGCUGCACUUGGAAGUCGACGAUGAAAUGUCACCCGUUGUAAUGCCUCCUUUGCUUGUUCCCGUAGCAGUUAAGGUAGAAUUGAAGGAAGAACUUAAUCCCCUUGAGAGCCUGGAAGAAAUCAGAAGAGAGUAUGAGCCUACAGAAUGGGUGGCUAGCAUGGUUGCGACUCAGAAGCUAAAUGGAAAGAUUAGGUUUUGCAUC